AUGGUGACUGCGUGCGUGGUGGAAGGCGUCGCCGUGGCAGGGUUCCUGAUCUGCGUGUACGACGGGUGGGCGCUGGAGCUCGCCGCCAUCUCCCUCGCCGCCGUCCUCCUCCGGUACGCCGUGGUGCAAUACGCCAACCACAUGGCCGCCAACCUGAGCGGCCUUCAAGCGGUGGUGGCGAGCGACGCUGCCAUCGCGGGCUACAGCCGCGCCUCGGGCCUCGACGGUGCGGCCAUUGCCAGGCUGCCAUGCUUCGUGGCCGUGCACGCCGCAGACGAGGGCGACGCCGUCGCCACGAUGGAGUGUCCGGUGUGCCUCGGCGCCGUCGAGGAGGGGGAGACGGUACGGGAGCUGCCUUCCUGCCGGCACGCCUUCCACGCGCGGUGCGUCGACGCCUGGCUGCGCCUGCAGCCGACGUGCCCCGUGUGCCGGGCGACGUUCAGGUGA